GCGCCAAAAUCAACAUCCUAAAAGUGACAAAAUGUGCAACAUGCAGUUCCCGAGCUCAAGAAUACUGGCAGUCUUACUGGGCUACUUGGUAGCACAAGCUAAGGCAUAUCCGAUGCAAGGGUGGCCAGUUUACCCACAAACGGCUAGAGAAUAUUCCGACGACGAUUACUAUUACGCCCCGAAAGUUCAGUAUUACUACGAUGCUCCCGCUAUGAAUGUACCAGAGGCGUACGGACAAGUUCCAUAUCCCUAUUUCUACGAUCCGUACGGCCAUUUCACAAACGAUGCCCCGAAAAGCCAAGAAGACAGAUACGCCGCCCUGCCUAUCGGACAAGAGACUUGGUUCGAGAGCGACUCGUCCCCGCACUGGCGGGCGAAUGAUGUGGAUGACGUCAGUGCCACGUUCCUCGAUAACUUGAUCCUGACACAAAUGGCUCAAGACGCACAGAGGCGGCGCGAAAAUGCCCGCGCAGCCUUCCCGCCUGUUGAUUACGAGGAGCGCGACGCCGAAGAUGAAGAUGUACGUGAGCUGAAAGCGUUAGCGGGGAAACCUUUGUACCACGUACCGAAAACAGUUCCGAGGAUCGAGGAAGACGACUAUCCCUCGGACGAUGCGUUUAUUAACUGGAAUGGAAACAAAAGAAGUGUUACAACAGCAGCGCCGACACCGACCACGCUGAGGCCCAAGCCAGGGCAGAAGGAAGUAGUGAUGUCGGGGCCCUCGCAAACUUCCACUCCGCGCCACCACGACCAACAAAACAAAAGAAGCUCCACAUUUUACGACACCAUUGCGCAACUGCUCGCGAACAAGUCGAACAGUCCACAUGUACAUGAACCAACAAAGCAACGAAGAAUCGACAAGCGCUUCGUAGCAGGAGAGUCCGACCUAGUAAUGGAACUCCGCGGCCUAAAACAUCGAAUUCCCACCUAAACAGACGAAGCUGAAAUCCGCCAACUUACAUGAGACUGAGUAUUUUGUAGAUUAAAUAGAUAUUUUUGGCAAUGGCGACAUAGUGGAACAAUCGCGAGACAGGCAACUAAAAUCAACAAAAAAAUUAGGAUACUUCUCAUGUCCAACAUUUAAUAAAUUCCAUUUAUUCGCGUUCCGUUGGCCACUUAUAGCAAAGUCGUAUCGCAAUGUCUUUCAACCGCAGCUGUAUUUUAAUAUAGUCAAAGUGUAAUAAUUGUAUCUCAAGACAUAUACUUGACUUUUGACCAUUAUUAUCUUCGGUCACAGAUAAUGUGCACACGUAGGCGUGCUACGCGGGUCGCUACGACCGCGCGGAGUAGCUACGCGUUACACGUUACGGGUGUUAAGAAAUUCGUACAAAAUGUGACUAUAAUUUCCAUACAUGUUAACAUGUUAAUUAUAUUAUGCAUUUAAUAGUUAAAUUAAAAAUGGUUGCUCCUUCAUUUGGCAGCUAAAUAUCGCACAUGGCGUGCAAUUGUAAAUAUUGUGUAGGUACUGAUUGUCUAAGACUUAAUUUAGAUAGAAAUAAAUAUUUAUUAUAUUGAUCAAAAACUCGUGAAGAAUCAAAACGAAAUUAUAAGUCGAUCAAAACUCGGGAGUAUUUAAAACGUAGUUGUAUACCAUACUCAAACCGUGUACUUGUUUUGCAUAAUAUGAAUAAGGGUAAAGGUAUUCAAGCGUAAUACAAGAGUACUGUACGAAUACUCGACAAAUAUAAUGCAUUCAUAAAUUUAUGAUAUGGACUUGGUAUUUUUCCAAUUAAAAAUGUAUUUUCUCGAAUUUAAACUGAGAUAUUGAUGAAAAUUUCAAGAUCAAUUAAUUAUGAGCGGUCUAAUAACUUUCUGAAGAAACUCGGCUUCUUGAUAAUAAUUCUAUUUAAAGAGUAAGUAUUUCCACUCAGGUGCUAAGCAUUCGUUUAACCUAUGACGGUCUAAGCAGACAAUACCACGAAAUCUUUUUGCAAAGCAAAGGUUAGAGGUCAAAGUACAUUUACGAGUAUACCUAUAUCUUUAGGGACAUAACGAUUCUCUCGGAGGCAGAGGAUUGAGUGAUAUUUUAGCUUUACAGCUUCUUGUCUAACUUUUGUAACGCAGUCGGUCUAUAAGACCUUUAAUGAAAUAAAAAAAAAUUGCGUCCCGUUUCCUCUUCUACUAAUAUUAGGCUUUUAUAUCUUGUAUUUUUUUUAUUUCCCCCAUUUUGCUACUACUCCCCUUUGUACAGACAUGAGCAAUAUCAUGUACCCACUUUAGAACCCUGUCGCACUAUCAUAUUUGACAUUUAAUGAGACUUAGGGUGUAAUUUGUCAAAAAAGUUAAUGUGACAUGGUAUCAAAGUGUAUACAUAUUAGUACUCGUGACCGUACUAGCUUAGGUUCGGUGAAACUUAACCUAUUAGAAACUUAUCUUUCAAAAGUACAUAUCUGUUUAUAAAUACGUCAAAUUACUUAUGUAUCUACUCUUCUGUCGUUAUAGUAGGUACCUGUAUAUUAAAAUAACCAAAUUCUAUGAAGAUUACUUUGUAAUAGUACAAUUAGUGACCUGUAAAGUAUUAAUACAUAGUUGAUGUUACAUUUUGUCAAUAUGAAAAUUACCUAUAAUAGUUACUGAUGUCUCCUUUACACUACGUUUUACUGUAGAUUUUUAUUUGUGCAUUCGUUAUAGAAACACGAUAUUUUUCAAUAGAAAUUCAUCUGUUAAAAUAGUCUAUCCGUAAUAGAGUUUGUAUAGACACAGUUUGAAUGAAACUUCAUCUAAAACAAACAUGGCUAUCGAUUUAUAUUUUAUAUAAUAAAUAUGUAGAAAACAUAACUGUAUUUUAAUAUUUAGAUGUUUUAUUUGAAAAUAUUAACUAAGAAUGUACCUAUUAUAAAAAAAAAAUCAGAAACUUUGACAUUAUAAUGAAGUUGUAUUUA